UCUUCCAUGCUUCUGGUGGUCAUUUUGGCGACUACAAAUCCGAUCUUUGUGAAUGGCGGUAAAGGUUUUCACGUGGAAACUUUUUUCAAGGCGACGUUCUUUCAGGCGUCAACGUAUUGCUCCAGAUUGGGAAUGGAAUUGGUCAGCUUCAACAACCAACAAGAAUUCGACGAAGUGAAAAACUACAUCGUCAGAAAUGUACCGAACGUUAAGUGGAAUCAGUUUUGGACAUCUGGAGUGGCGACAGGACCGCUGAAGUUCGGUUGGCAAAACACCGGUUUACCAGUUACCAUCUUGGGCAAUUGGGAAUUUUUGCAGCUCAGCAAUUUGCUUGGACUCGAAAAUUGUUUAGAAGUGAAAUUACAUGGCGUUCGUUAAUUACAUGGUCUGUCAAAACGAAAUAAAAGGUGCACCGAAAAA